GGACAUCUCUCAACACUCAAAAGCCUUUUUGAACAACAUUCAUUCACCAUCACUACUAGACAAAAUCUGCUGCUGCUUGCAACCGUACCCCGGUGGGGUUUCAAUCCACUCAUCUCUUUCCUCUGCCCCUACUAACCCCUACACACCACACUUAUUAUGGCUGCCGAUGCAUUAAUCACACCCCAUUAAUAACCCAAACUCAUAAUGGAUUACCAGAAGAUAAACAAAAGCCCCCCACAGUUGGUGGUUUUGGUGGCAGGGGAGUGGGGGUGGAGGGUUGUCUCCUGCAAAGUUGAGGAAUAUGUUGAAGAAGAAGAAGAAAGAUGAAGAUGAGGUUGAGAGUGUUAAUUUCUCUUUGGGAUCUCAAGUUUCUGAGAUUGAUGAUUCUGGUGAUUGUUUAGAGAAUUAUAAAGAUGUUGAUGUUGUUAGUGUACUUCCCGAAAGCCAUACGUUAGCAAGUACUGACGGUAACUAUAGAUCGAAAGAUGUAAGAAUCGGGUCGCAAGAAGACGGUUAUCUGGACUAUGAUAGUGGUGUUGACAAGUUAACUGCAUUGCCCUUUGAGUUUCAGAAGACCGAACGGGCCUCACAUAGAAAAGGGAUGGCUCCGUUUUCGAAACAAGCACCAUCGAAAUGGGAUGAUGCCCAGAAAUGGAUAGCCAGUCCUACGUCUAGCCGUGUGAAAACCGAACCGGCUGUGAAGAAAACUAGCCAUGGAAAUCGCCAACCGGUUACUAAAACCGUGGUUGAAGUUUGUGAUCAGAGAUUGGUUCCGUAUGAAGAGCCUGAUACUAAACUGAUUGAUUUGAGUCACUCUAAGGAGGAUAAAGGGCAUGUGAAUUGGGAGGGUGAUUCGUAUAGCAAAGCGGUGUUGAUGAUUGGAGAUUCGGUUGGUGAUUCUGAAAUUAAUUUGAGUCGGCACGAUACUUCUAUAUCAAUUCAAAACAUGACAUCCGUCCCACCUCCGUCAACUGCGAGAUCAGUAUCAAUGAGAGACAUGGGCACCGAGAUGACUCCAAUUGCUAGCCAAGAACCUUCUAGAACCGGAACCCCGGUAAGGGCGACAACUCCGAGCCGGAGUCCAAAUACUUCUAGAUCCACAACUCCGGAAAGAACUGGCCCGGUUUCAUCGACUAGCAACCAUUCAAACCCGCGGUUAGAAUCUUCCGGAAACAAAGAAUUAUCUGAAAAGGAGUUGCAGUUAAAAACUAGAAGAGAGAUACAAGCUCUUGGAACACAGUUAGGGAAGACGAAUAUUGCUGCGUGGGCUAGCAAGGAAGAAGCUAAAGUUGCAUCGGAUUCAGUAAAAGAUGAAAACACGGGUAAAAAUGCGAUAGAGAUACGGGCUGCAGCUUGGGAGGAUGCUGAGAAAGCCAAGUAUAUGGCUAGGUUCAAACGCGAGGAGAUAAAGAUAGAGGCAUGGGAAAACCAUCAAAAAGCGAAGACCGAAGCUGAAAUGAGGAGGAUUGAGGUAGAGGUAGAACGGAUGAGAGGUGGAGCACAUGAUCGACUAAUGAACAAACUAGCAGCAGCAAGACACAAGGCGGAAGAGAAACGGGCUGCAGCAGAAGCCAAGAGAAGCCGGGAAGCGGCAAGGGCUGAAGAACAAGCGGAGUAUAUUCGUAAGACUGGAAGAAUACCAUCUUCUUUCUCAUGUUAUUGCUGGUGUUUUUGAAAUUUAUAUAGCCUGGAUGAGUUCUCUUUUGUUAGGAAACUUGUGUUUAGUAUUCUUGUGGCUUCUUGUUGUAAUCAAAACAUUUACUGUUUAACAAAUGUGUAGUGCAUUUAUGACAUAA